AUGACCGUGACUUACUCACUCGACGUUGCUUCUUCUUCGUUCUUCUGCUUAUACAAAUUGCUGUUUCGAUGGAAGGGAUCAAUUUGGAAAUCGGUGUGGGCGGAGCUUGUCGUAUGGCUAUGCCUGUACGCAGUGCUCAGUGCUAUAUAUAGGUGUCUAUUGGGAGUCACACAGAGAGCCACCUUCGAAGAUCUGUGCAUUUUCUUCGACACCUAUUCCAACUUCAUUCCCAUCACUUUUAUGCUUGGUUUCUAUGUCUCCGCCGUGUUCACACGUUGGUGGCAGAUUUUCGACAAUAUCGGAUGGAUUGACACACCAUGCCUCUGGAUAACUCAAUACGUGAAGGGGGAGAGUGAAAGGGCAAAGUGUGUGAGGAGGAAUUGCAUCCGGUAUGCGAUACUCACGCAGGCGAUGGUGUACCGCGACGUGGCUGCCAGUGUCCGUAAACGCUUCCCCACCUUCAACCACCUGGUGACUGCUGGUCUGAUGACUGAAAAAGAAAUGCUGGAAUUCGAUUCGAUACCGAGUCCACAUGCCAAGUACUGGCAACCAAUGCAUUGGUUAUUCUCAAUGAUUAGCUUGGCACGGGAUGAGGGAAUGAUUAAGAGUGAUAUUAUUUAUGUGGAUUUGAUGGAGAAAAUGCGUCAAUUCCGUGUGAACAUUCUCUCUUUGACCCUCUACGACUGGGUGCCGGUGCCCCUUGUCUACACCCAAGUAGUCCAUCUGGCAGUCCGUUCGUACUUUCUAGUCGCCCUAUUCGGUCGUCAAUACCUCCAUCCGGACACCUCUCGUGUCCCUGACUACAAGACGACCAUUGACUUGUACGUACCCAUUAUGUCGGUCCUUCAAUUCAUUUUUUUCAUCGGAUGGAUGAAAGUGGCCGAAGUGCUUCUGAAUCCGCUCGGGGAGGACGACGACGAUUUCGAGUGUAACUGGAUUUUGGACAGAAAUUUGCAGGUCGGAUUAAUGGUUGUGGAUACUGCAUACAAUCGAUAUCCUACACUGGAAAAAGAUCAAUUCUGGGAGGACGUGCUCCCGGAGCCAUUGUAUACUGCCGAGAGUGCGAUGAGGCCAUUGAAUCCGCAAGUUGGGUCGUGUGCUGAGAUGCCGACCGAAGAGGAGCCAUUCAUGGUCCGCCCGCGUCGUCGUACUCUCUCCAGAAUGUCGCAUUGGGAUGGUGAUAUGGAGGACACCGACGUCGUUCCGGUCGUCGGUUUGUCCCCCCAUCCGAGAGAUGGCUCCAAUUAUGCAUCUGGUGAAUCCCUGGCAUUCUCGAAUAGUUUUGCGAAUGGCGGACGGAAAUUGAGUGAAAUGUUCAGGAGGAUGAGAGCUGGCAGUCGGAUUGGUGAUAGAUAUCGGAAGAGACACUCGUCCGCACAGGAUUUUGAGCAUGGAAUUAGGAAAAAAAACAGUCUGGAAGAUGACGUUGACUCAAUCAGGGACAACAAACUCGACCAGGCAUCGGGUACCCCGAAAUCCGGAAGACUUUGGAGUUCUCUGCCGCAGACUCAGUUGGAGGAGAUGUUGAAGAAUCGUGAUCUGAGUGGGAGCAGUCAAGUGAAAUACAACACGGACGGAAUGAAAGAGAGAGAUGUCAUACCGAAUCCAACACCAGUCACUGAUCACAUCGACAUGCCAUCACAUGUACCGGCCAGUCCCUCCUGGUAUAAUGAAAGUCUUCCGGUGAUAAAGGAGGAAGAAGAGGCGAAACGGAAGUCUAAUACUAAUACCGAUACGGACUCCCCAAAAUCCAGCAAAGCCUCCAAAACAUCAAUAAAACGCAUCGAACUGCGUCGUUCCUCAUCAUCUGGAAGUGACCUCGGAAAGACUGGAAGACUGGAGAGAAAGAAGAGCGAAUAG